UGUGAGUGCAGUGAGUUUAUCCUCGUCCACGCGGAAUGCGGCCUCCUCGGGGUGGACGGAAUCCUCUUUAGUCGCGUCCAGCGCCGGAAAAGGGCAGCAGAGGCACGAACGUAUUGCCAGCGUUCCACUUCCCUCCAGCUCUCACAGUGCCUCUGCUAACAGCAACAUGUCGACAGGGACUUUUGUGGACCGGAUAGAUCCCUUUGCCAAGAGAUCUGUCAAGAAGAAGACCAAAAAGUCACAGGGCUCGUCUCGCUAUCGUAAUUCUCAGGAUGUGGAACUUCAACAGUUAGCACAGCUUAAAGAUGUCACACCAUCAGAACAAGAGGCAUUGUUCGUCCGAAAACUUCGACAAUGUUGUGUGACCUUCGAUUUUAUGGAUGCAACAGCAGAUCUUAGGGGUAAAGAAAUUAAACGUAGUACACUCAAUGAAUUGGUUGAAUAUAUCACAGCUGGUCGGGGAGUUCUCACUGAGCCUGCCUAUCCAGAAAUCAUUAAGAUGAUUUCUGCAAAUCUGUUUCGCACAUUGCCGCCUAGUGAAAAUCCAGAUUUUGAUCCAGAGGAAGAUGAUCCAACAAUGGAGGCAAGCUGGCCCCACCUUCAGCUGGUUUAUGAAUUCUUUCUACGCUUUCUUGAAUCUUCAGAUUUCCAACCAACAGUUGGCAAAAGAGUAAUUGACCAAAAAUUUGUUCUACAGAUAUUAGAAUUGUUUGAUUCUGAGGAUCCUAGGGAAAGGGAUUUGCUAAAAACUGUCUUGCAUCGUAUUUAUGGGAAGUUCCUUGGCCUUAGAUCCUUCAUACGCAAACAAAUCAACAACAUUUUUUUGAGGUUUGUGUAUGAAACGGAGCAUUUCAAUGGAGUUGGUGAACUCCUCGAAAUUCUGGGUAGCAUUAUCAAUGGAUUUGCUCUUCCUCUAAAAGUUGAGCACAAGCAAUUCUUGAUUAAGGUGCUGAUACCAUUACAUAAAGUGAAGUGCUUACCAUUAUAUCAUGCACAAUUAGCGUACUGUGUGGUGCAGUUUCUUGAAAAAGAUGCAACUCUAACAGAACCAGUUAUACGAGGCCUCCUUAAAUUCUGGCCUAAAACGUGUAGCCAUAAGGAGGUACUGAUUCUUGGUGAAAUUGAAGAAAUCCUGGACGUGAUAGAACCUAGCCAAUUUGUUAAAAUACAAGAACCUUUAUUCAAGCAAAUUGCACGUUGUGUAUCUUCACCACAUUUUCAGGUGGCUGAAAGAGCACUGUACUUUUGGAAUAAUGAAUAUAUAAUGUCUCUAAUGGAAGAAAACAAUCAUGUAAUAAUGGGAAUUAUGUUCCCAGCAUUGUAUAGAAUUAGCAAGGAACACUGGAAUCCCACGAUUGUAGCCCUUGUUUAUAAUGUUCUUAAAACAUUUAUGGAAAUGAAUAGCAGGCUCUUUGAUGAACUUACUGCCAGCUAUAAGUCUGAAAGGCAAAAAGAAAGGAAGAGAGAAAAGGAAAGGGAUGAACUGUGGAAGAAACUGAACGAAUUGGAGGUAGAACGGCGUAAUGCUCUUACGGCUACCUCCAGUUCCUCCAACACUCCAGUUCCUGCAACUACAGCACCUGUGACACAAGCUCGCCCCUGAGCUGGUGGAAAUACGCUGCCCGAUUAUUAGUCCUUAGUUUACGUCGAUUGUCCAUGUAUUACAUGCAAAAAUUACUGUUGUUAGCAAAGCAAAGUGUCUCACGAUGGCAUUCUUGGCGUGAUGUAAUUCCUUUUACUAGUUACGCCUGAACGGCGAAGCGAAGAAGAAAGCAAAGAAAAAAACGAAGGAAGCAGUAAUCAGAAUAUUAUUCUUGAUGAUGAUUGAUGAGUUCUAAUAUUUUAUUGUGUACAUUAAUUUCCACUUUUCUUUUUUCUGUUUUCUUUGACAGCAAUGAUUUAAGUUGUAUAAUGUACUCAGUGUCAGCACAUAAUAUGAGGAUGUUAGUCCCUUCUUAACUAAGGUUUAGCUGUGCUCGGUAGGAGGAGAUGAUCAAGGUGUACAUUCGAAUAGAUGAAGUAUAUAUCGUUAUAAUAUUGAUUUUUGCAUGUGACAUUCGCUUCGGUUACUAAACGGCUAAUGUCCUCUCAUGACUGACCCACCUUACUCUGAUUCUCGCCUCCAACGGAGCCGGC